AUGAUGAACGCUGACAAUAAACCUCAAGUCACUCAUGAACAUCAUCAUUUCUACCAUGGAGGGAAGAAGGUGGCUUCUACAAGUGUAAGAUUAUCGGAAGAGGGAAGCAUUGAAGAUGUUCGUGUCAUUGAUCAUCACGGACCCAAAUUGGUGUCGUUUUGGAAUAGCGGAAAAAGCAGUUCUUCUUCUUCGUCAUUGGAGAAUGGAGGAGACUCCAAUAAGCAAUAUACAACACCUCCCAUGUACAGUGAACGAUUAACAAAGCUCAAAUCAAAAUUGUCAGCAGUUUCUUCUUCGUUGGACGGAAAGAACGGCCCUCUCACAAAGGAAGAAGACAAACUCAAGAAAAAGAUCAAACAACAAAAAAAGGAGAUUGAACUCUUGACCCGUGAAGUCAGAGACUUGCAGUCGACCGCUUCGAAAACCAUUUCUUCCUCGUCAUCGUCACCAGUAUCUAUUCAAUUACCCUCUGCUUCUCCUUUCAAAGAGAGUUCAUAUGGAAGUACCUAUUCCGAACAAAAGAGCUUUCUCGACACUCUCACCUACAUUGAAGGAAAGGUCGAUCGAUUAAUAUCUGAAAAGAAUAGCCAAAUCGAAAAACACAUUUCCGACAAAAUAGACGCCGAAAGAAAGAGUAAAAUUCUGGAAAGUGAACGAGACUUUAAUCGAAGAGAGCUCGCUCAAAGAGAAAAAGAAUUGGAAAUUUGUGCUAAAGAAAAGGAACGACUAGGAAAAUCAUUGAAAACGGCAGAAGAUGACGUGAUGCGACUCCAAAAAACUCUGGAACAAUUUUCAAAAUCUAGAGAAGAAGACACAGAGCUCACACAAAAGAUGGUCGAUAAACUACUGGAAAAGGAGCGAGGUAGAAUUCGAAAAAAGAUGUCUGAAGAGUAUCAAAAAGAAAUUGAUGAGUUGAAGAACAAAAUUUUGGAUCUAGGCGAACAAAUACAUUGUUUAAAAGAAACACAAGAACUGCGAGACAGAGAAAUUUUAGAAUCGAGAGAAGAAUCGAACAUGUUACGAUUGAAAUGUUCAAAGCUUAGUGCGCUCUCAGAAAAGAUUCAACAAAUUAGCAAAAGUCAAAAGAGCUAUCUUGAUGAAUUGGACAAACUUGUUGGCUCAUGUAAAGACAAGAUACCUUCAUUGGAAGAUUUGUCAAAAGGAGCUCAACUCUAUUCCAGAUUAAGCAAAGGCUAUGAAGAUCUUGAACUUGCUUCCACUGUGGACGAUGCUGUAUUUGGUUCUUUCAACUCAGAUUUCGAAAAGCUCAAACAAUUACUUAAAUCUUCCAUAGAAAGAGAAAGAAAACUGGAAGACAAUUUAACUUAUACAAUGAACUUGAACCAAGUCAUGAAUCGAGAGCUUGAAAGCUGUAAAAAGAGUUUGACUGAAAUGGAAGAGUCUAUUUCAGCAAGCGCUUACUUGGAGAAGAGCAGUCUUUACCAAAAGAAAAUACAAGCAGUAUCCAACAUUACCACAUCAUUCAAGGUCAAGUCCAUUAUUGAAAUUUGUGAAGAAUUUGCAAAGGCCAAUUCAAAUCUUCGUGAAAAGGUGAAAACUACUCAAGCCAAUAAUGAACUUCUUUCUCAAGAACUUUCCCAGCUUCAUAAAUCCAAGUUAGAGACUGUGUCUUCACAGAAACAAUAUUACAAGGAGAAGGAACAUCUGGCACAAGCCGAUUCAGAAAACUUCUCCAAGCUCAUUCAAGAAAAACAAUCGGUCAUUGAAAAGUACAAGGAAAUUAUUGAAAAUAAGGGAGUGAAUAUUUCCUCACUCGAAGAGACUUGUAAAGAAAAAAGUGAUCAACUCAAAAACACCAAGAAGGAGCUGGAGCAAAAGGUUGAAGAGAUUGAAAAGAUUUUGAAAGAGAAAAAAGAUUUGGAGCAACUCUAUAACAAAACUUUGCAUGAAUUGGAAGAAUCCAAGGAAGAACAUGCCAGUAAUGAAAUGUUGAUUGCACAAAUCAAGAAUCAAAAUGAGAGGUUGACAGCUCUUAACAAUGACUAUUCAACCAAGGCUGAAGAACUCGAAAUGCAACUAGAUGCCGAAAAGGAGAAAGUUGCAAAACUUGAGUCACAGCUGAAAGAUCUUCAACUCGUUGUUUCCAGUAAGGAAACAGAAAUUGAAAGAAAUAAGACGAAUUUGGUAUCUCUUGAAAAAUCCAAGCAAUUAUUGGAAAAGAGCUCGAGCAGUUGA